AUGAAAAUCGGUGGAGGAGAGAGGAUGCGCGAGAUGUUGGCGAAGGGUAGGUCUGGGUUCGAGGGACAGGGUUCUACGCAGCACGGAAUACGAAAUACGGCGAACGAAGAGCAAUGUGGAAAGGCGAAAGAGAGGAGGAGAAUGGAGAGGAAGGUGGACGGUCGUAUACUUACCAGUCGCUUCCCUAAAUCACGUUUAUCAGAGACGAAUGGGGAACGGGUGCGACGCGUUAUAGAAUAAGGUGCGGCCGAACGGCGGAAGGAAAGGAACCGGCCGAUGGACGACGAUGCGAGAGGAACGCGAUGGGGGCGUCCAGGAGGGAAUAAAAAAAGGGAGAAAGAGAUUCGGGGUGAGGAAGGACGCGGCUAGGGUGUAGGGUCUGGUAAAGAGAGACGGAGAGUAGAAUGCAGGGAAGGGCAGGGGGGUGCACCGAGCAAGCAAGUUGAUAAGUUGUCGAGCAGCGGAGGCGCGAGUCGCGAGGUGCGAUACGCGAGGCAAGAGGCAAGAGGCACGAGGACGAGUAUGAGAACGGUGAAGAAGGGAAAGAAGGGAGAGGAAGCAGGAGGAACACGCGGAUAUUGAUUCCCGUGGGAUAUGCGCGCGCCCGACGAGACUCGGAAAUCUAAACGUAUGUACGAUGUGCUUUGGCGGACGUACAGAGAAGAGUAUACGCGUCCCGCGGUACGCGGACCCCGUGCCUCGAUACACGUCGCGGAAAGGGAACGAAAGGCACAGCGUACCUCUUCGAGGUUCGAACUACGAAUCUUUGGGGAAGGUAAAAGACGCGGACCGCGGGAAUCGUUCCGACAGGCAACAGAAUCAAUUAAAUCUCUGGCUAGACCACAACUAUCACGCAUAUGAAUUCUAAUUAGAGAAAACAGUAGGCUGUAUGAUCAAUUUGCAAGGCUUACGAUUCGAUUGACUUCUUCGAUAAGGAAAACAUAGAGAGAGAGAGAGAGAGAGAAGGGUGGGUGAAUUAACUAACAAUAAGCUCUCUUUAAUAAUCUCUUUAAUUAUGGGUCGUUUGAAUGGUACACAAAGACGAUGAUAAAAACGUUAGAAGGAUAUUCCGGAAGGUCCGAAAUAUAAGCUCUUGAUAACGCGCAAAGCAGUUUUAAUUUUUCUUUUGACGAUCGAUCAUGUGUGUCGUGCAUACAGAUACACAAAGCGCACGUAAGCUGGUUGGGUUCGGAUGUCUGCGCGACGCGACGUUGUGCGUCCCGUCGCGAUAAAGGUUGAACGGGGUGGCAUUGCUGCGGGACCGAUGUGCCAACGACUAGAUUCCUUCUCGCCGAUAUAUCCCCCUUUACCACCACAAACUGCCAACUCUGUCGGCGUAAUCGCUACCACUAUCUGUCGCUACCUGCCAUUACCUACCACUACCUAUCGACGCCACUUAUCCGUAGCGUCGUUGCCACGGUUCACGCCACCUCCGAGACCCACGGCCGACUUUCAUGAAUGAAACCCACGUGCGAUCCACGUGACCGUUCGCAUCGAACCCGUAAUUUCUAGCUUUCGGCCUUGACCGAUCCUUUCGCAGAUUUGUCGUCGGAUCGAUUCGUUAGCAGGUCGAAUAAAGUUCCUCGAACGAGGGUUACGCGUUUUAACGAGGGCAUUAUCGCUUCCGGUUCGUUUCCCUUCUCGUUGGUACCAUCCAGUUUAGAUCGAUCCAGAGAAAUUAGCUAAAGGACAGAUCGUAACGAGUUUCCGUCGACGAGUUGUUCCUAACAUCGACCGGAAGGAAUCUCUUCGACGGUAUUAGAUAGCGAAUGACGUACGCCGAAUGAAUUAUUUACCAAUUAUUUUUCUUUAUCGCGCAAUAACGAAUCGAGUCCCAGACGGAUGAAUAGAUAAACGUAGAGAAAGGGGGAGAAAAGGAUGCUCGAAGGGGAUGGGCGAUGGCGGAGAAGAGAAACUCGCACCGUUUCCACUACCACCACCUACCGUUUCACCUGCACCCCCCACUCUGCGAAUGUUACAUCCACCACCACUACCACUACCACCAUCGACAGUAGGUCCAACGUUGACGGCGACGGCGGCGGAGGCGGUGGUGGCAGCAGCGGUACCACCACCGACGUCAUGCUCGUCCUCGUUGCUUUCGCUCUCAGCGUGGACGUUUUCGUUGGCGUUGCUGGUACCGGUGCGCAGUCGGUGGUCGCGGCCGGUGUUAGCUGGUUAGAAGGAAAUAGAUUUGAGAGCGAGGCGACGCUGGUGAACGCUAAACGCGUUUCGUCCACGUGGUCCGGCAUUUCAGCGGACGAAAGAGAAUCCGAUACUCGGUCGGUCGCGAUCGUGCGCCAAGAAAAACCGACGAACGUCAUCGAAUGCACGCGAAUUAACGUAACCGAUUAUCUACCCUGUUCCUUUCGACGAAUUGAAAUAAGAAAAGAAAGAAAGCGACGGUGUAACGGAGAGUUUUCGAGGAGUAGAUCUUGUGGUUCGCUCGAACGAAGAGGGUAGGGUUGUGCUUUCUUUUUUUUUUUCCUCUCUCUCGAAAGAACCAACAGUCGCGUUUACACGCGAAUAUCCCUGGCACCCUGUACACUCUGGUCGUCGAUGUUCUCGCGAUUAAUUCGAUUAAGUUUCAUGAAAGUGGAGUCGAAGGGACGAGCGUGCGCGCCCGCGUAUUUUGACACGCAAGCGCACCUAACCGAUCGAUCGAUCGAAUCAUCGAUUCGGGAUCGGUGGUUUAGUAUCGAAAAAAAGAAUCGUGCGUAGAAAGGGUGAGAGAAGGAGAGAGAGAGAGAGAGAGAGAGAGAGAAAGAGGAGUAAGGAGGCUUUCCCAGGAAAAAGGGGAAACGGAAGGGGUGGACAGGGUGGCGAGAGCAGCGAACCGACCACGACGGUAAAAGCCGCGGGACGAUGAGCGACGGCAUAGUCGGUGCGAUCGCGAUCAGUUUGUUCGGCAGCGAGAAGAAACGUCGGGACAGCAUGGAUGCCGGUUACACGAUUCUUGGCAACGACGUAGACGUAUGCAGAAUGUUCGACCAGUUCUCUUACAAGAGAAACGAGAACCUUGACUUUUCGUUGAACGUGCCGCAGCAUCAUCACCCGGCAUCCUAUCACCAUCACGGCUACGCCAUGGCUGAUCAGACGUUUCACACGCCCAGUUUCGGCGACGAGGAUUUCGAUAUUCCGACGAUUCAUACUCACUCGCAUCAGCAUCAACAGCAGCAGCAACAGUCGCAACAGCAACAAUCCCAGCAACGGCAACAGCAACAACAACAGCAGCAACAGCAGCAGCAACAACAACAACAACAGCACGAUGCGAUGCACGGUUACCAGACUCAGAUGAUGCAACCAGCCGGUGUCCAACAAUCUCCGGACGGAUUGAAUCUCGAUCCAGGUGGAUAUCAGCAAUCCCUCUACCUCCAACAACAAGACCACUCGAUACAGCCAAUCAGCGUGAGUUCGACGUACAGUAACUCACAGAAUUCAUACGCGAACAUGAACUCUCCGCGACAGCAACACGGUAAUCAACAGAUGAUGAUGCUUCAACAACAACAGCAGCAGCAACAAGCUCAGAUGCAGCAGCAUAUGCAGUAUAUGCACUCCCAGCAACAGCAGCAACAACAGCAGCAGUUGCAGCAGCAACAGGUGCAGUAUAGGAGUUCAACGGGCGGUGGCACUGCCGCUAUACAAUCGAGUAACGUUCCCGAAGCGAACAACAAUACCACCACUUCCGAGGAUAGCGACGAUAGCACGCCUCAUCCCGGAAUGAUCACGGGAAACAAACGACCCUCACCGGAACCGACCGACGGCGGAGCGAAAAAUCAAAGGAAAUCGAAAGCUCAGAAGAAAAAGAAAAAGAGAGAUCCGAACGAGCCACAGAAGCCUGUUUCCGCGUACGCUUUGUUCUUCAGAGAUACGCAGGCUGUAAUAAAGGGACAAAAUCCAAACGCGAGUUUCGGAGAGGUGUCCAAGAUCGUGGCCUCGAUGUGGGAUGCUUUAGAAAUCGAGCAUAAAAAUGUUUACAAGCAGAAGACUGAAGCCGCGAAAAAGGAGUACCUACAGGCCCUCGCUGCGUACAGGGCGUCUCUGGUUAGCAAGGGUGCAGCCGAGAACGAGCAGCAACAGCAGCAAUCGCAACAGCAGCCGUCGCCCCAACAACAGCAACAAAUACAGUACGCUACGUAUGGUGGUUACGCCGGAAACGGAUCAGCCGGGAACGUCUCGUACCAGGCAUUGAUGAACAACCCGAUGACACAGACGCAUAUGCCGCAACAGCAGUCGCAACAGCAACAUAUGCAGCAACAAGUCUCGCAACAACAGUACAUGCAGAUGUCGCAGCAGCAAGUGCAACAGGUACAAAUGCAACAACAGUCGCAUCAUCAACAGCAACAGCAGCAGCAACAAAUGAUGCACGCGAGUCCUCCCAAGAGCGAUUCGAUGUCGAGCCCAUCGCCGGUGAACGCUGCGGCUCAGGCGACUAUGGCCGGUCAGAGGCAAACCUCUAACGCCUGUAUACGCCACGGAUGUCCGAACCCCGCGGUAGCGAACAGCGAAUGGGAGGACGAGUAUUGUAGUAACGAAUGCGUAGUUAGUCAUUGUAGAGACGUGUUCACCACUUGGGUGUCAUCGAAUCAAAAUUCACAGCAAAACUUUUCCACCGUGAAAUAAAGAGAAGCAGCGACGAUCUCCUACCGUUUCUAAUCGAAUCAAACCUAUCGCUUCACGUUUACAGUGGGCUGACUCCCGCGUUCCGGCGAAAUCAUACGUGUACAUAGGAUCGACGAAGAGAUUUUACGUAGAAUCAAAAAAAAAAACAACAAAAAAACAAAUAAUAAUAAUACUAAUAAUAAUAUUAAUAAUAAUAAUAGAAAGAAUAAAUAACGGACGACAGAUGCGCGCGUUUGCUGAACCUCGAUAUAUAUAUAUAUAAUAUAUAUAGAUAUCGUUGAAAGACUGCCCCUGCGUCACAGCACGACGCGUUCGUGUAAAACAAAGUUCAUGUCGUCGCAUAGAACGACGAAUUAUUUCGGGCCGGCAUCGAACGUCGUUUGCUGUGAUCGCGAAAGAGUAUUAGAAUCGCCAAAGUAGCCGAUAAAAUCGGGCUGUAGUUCGAAGGAAUCGAUCUCGCUGUCGUACGUUCACCGUCACGCAAUGUCCAUGCGCGUACGCGAUCGAGUGCACGAGUGAAAUUGAAUUGCUUGAGAUCCGUUUAGUCGGAAACCGAAUAAUUAGAUCAAAGUAAUUUCGUGAUACGAUACUCGCUAAUGUAUAUGUAUAUUCGGAAGAUCGUGGACGUUGAUUCCCGCGAGAUACCCCGCAUCGGUGAAGUUCACGUUUCACUUAGCUAAUCGAUAACGGAUCGCGUACCGAUCGCGUACAAAGGAAAAAUCGAAAGAAAUUUAGCUAACCGAUAGACGAGAGAGAACGUGGAGGAGGGAACAGCCGCAGACUGGUGACGCGCAACUUAUUUUUAUAUAAUUUUACAAACUUUUUCAUAGGUGCAAAAGCUCGUACGAAUACGAGUUGAAGCGAAGCAACGGACGUUCAUAUAUACAGGGCGUUUCCGAUCAGCUGAUAGAACGCUCUACGUUUUCGACUUAGUUUUUCGAGUAAAUGUUCCCCCCUUUCCGCUAGAUCGGAAGCACCCUGUAUAUCCCAAUAUUUGUCGAUUCGCGUUCAUUUGCUCGUUCCGUGUCACGCGUGUAUUUCGAUUAGUUUUUGAUUUUGUUGAUACUAAAAACAGUACAUUUCAAACCCGACGAUCGUCGCAUGACAUUGGUCUCGUUGACGAGUAUACGUUCGAAUACGCGGAUGCGAUCGAAAUUUCCACGAACGCGUGGAGUGUUGUUUGUUUCGAAGUAUCGAUAGAUUCGAAAAGCGAUCGAUUCUAAGUUAAGAUAAAGUAGCGUAUAAUUGCGCGCGGAUAUUUAGCCGGUCGAGUUAGGGGCGCGUGUUUAUCCGCUCCGUUCUCCUUGUUUCUCCUCGCCGGCGAUUCUACAAUCCCUGAAUUCCAAAAAUCUUUAUUUCACACGUUUCCGUCACGCGAUAUCGUUUAGAUUUCUUUUAGUUUUUUAAAAAAAAAAGAUUCUUUUUAACAUCCUUGUAUAUAUACUCGCAACAGAGAAAUAUCCCGUAGAUUUUUAAGUCUCUGCGAUGUAAACAUAAUCGAUAGUGUAUCAUACUGGUAACGAUCUUUGACAUAUUAUAGAUGCGUUUAAAUACAAAUAUAUAUAUAUAUAUAUAUACAUACAGGUAUAUAUGUAAAUGUAAAAAAAGCUACCGGCUCGGCGAAGCAAUGUCGUAGAUUGUGUGCGUAUGGCGUGUCGAGCGAAAAAGAAAAGAAACGGUUACGGCGUUCUGACGGGGAACCGGAUAGGUGAAAAUUGUUCGAAACGAAUGGGAAGCGAAUCGAAGGAAAUCUCGUAAACGAUUUUCGAUCACGAUCACAUCCGGUGACACACAAAAAAAAAAAAUAAAAUAAAAUAACGUAGGAGGAGGA